AUGUUAGGAAAAUUCUAAAAAAAAUCCUCCUAAACUAUAAAUUUAUAGGAAGUCUAUGAAUUUUUUUUUCUGAAAUUAUAAUUUCUAAAUCAGAAAUAUUUAAAUUGUAUAACCCAAAUAAUGUAAUGAAUUUAUUAAUAACACAACAGGAAUAGUGUGGUUCCUUAAAAUUACUUUUAUUGCAAUUAAAUCACAAUUGAAAUUUUUUAAGUUAACUUUAAAGAACAUAAAUAUAAACAUUAAUUUUUUUGAAUUAACUUAGAAUUUAAGAAAAAUUACAUUCGAUAUCUCAAAAAUAAUUAAACAUUUUUUGAUUGUUCUUAAUUUGCAUAGGGUUAUAGUUAUUUUAAUAUAACGAAUAUUCUUGCAUAUUAUUCGGUUUUGGUGGAGAUUCUGAAUAAAUAAGAAAAGACUUCUAAAAAUAUAAAAUAAUUUUAGUUUUGAAAUAUCUAAUGGUUUGAAUGGAAUACAAGAAUUUUGUUAUAAUUAUUCUAAAUGCAUAAAGGAUAAUGCAUUUGGAAAUAAAGUUUAAGUUACCCCAGCCCUUUUUUUAAUUGUUAAAUAAUUAGAGCAUUUCAAACCUAAUUUUACUGUUGGUUUUAUGUUAAUUUUAGAUGAAAUUGCAGAUGAUGAUAAGUUAAAUUAAUUGAUAAAUCAUUUUAAGAUAUCUUUUUAUUAGAUUAGAACUUAUUUUACCAAUAACUAUGAUAUUUAUUACUCUUUAAGAGAAUACUGCUUAAUUAUCUAAAAUAAAUAAUUGCAAAACUAAUUAGAAUAAAGUUAGACUCUGUUUCCUAAAAGAAAAUGA